UGGAGUUUGAAAAGAGACAGGGCUGCUUUAAGAGAGAAACAGGAAGUUGUAACUAGAAGCCAUCUGAAUACUAAGCCAAGGCAGAAUGCUCAUGAAGUAGCAACUUAAGUGGCAGUGUUUAUCCUGAAAUCCUCAGGCAGCCAGACCGUCUUAGGCAAACCUUGAUAAAAUAGUCCUCAUCCAGGUUUUUAUGUAAGGAAUCCCAGGAGAACUGGAGAAUGGAGAGACAGCAAAGGCUCAUGUCAGAGAAGGAUGAGUAUCAGUUUCAACAUCAGGGAGCGGUGGAGCUGCUUGUCUUUAAUUUUUUGCUUAUCCUUACCAUUUUGACAAUCUGGUUAUUUAAAAAUCAUCGAUUUCGCUUCUUGCAUGAAACCGGAGGAGCGAUGGUGUACGGCCUUGUAAUGGGAUUAAUUUUACGAUAUGCUACAGCACCAACUGAUAUUGAAAGUGGAACGGUGUACGAUUGUGGAAAAUUGGUCUUCAGUCCAUCAACUCUGCUGAUUAAUAUCACUGACCAAGUUUAUGAAUAUAAAUACAAGAGAGAAAUAAGCCAGCACAACAUCAAUCCUCACCAAGGCAAUGCUAUACUUGAAAAGAUGACAUUUGAUCCAGAAAUCUUCUUCAAUGUUUUACUGCCACCAAUUAUAUUUCAUGCUGGAUAUAGCCUAAAGAAGAGACACUUUUUUCAAAACUUAGGAUCUAUUUUAACGUAUGCCUUCUUGGGAACUGCCAUCUCCUGUAUCAUCAUAGGGUUAAUUAUGUAUGGCUUUGUGAAGGCUAUGGUAUAUGCUGACCAGCUGAAAAAUGGAGACUUUCAUUUCACUGACUGUUUGUUUUUUGGUUCACUGAUGUCUGCUACAGAUCCAGUGACGGUGUUGGCCAUUUUCCAUGAACUACAUGUCGACCCCGACCUGUAUACACUCUUGUUUGGGGAGAGUGUGUUGAAUGAUGCAGUCGCCAUAGUCCUUACAUAUUCUAUAUCCAUUUACAGUCCCAAGGAGAAUCCAAAUGCCUUCGAUGCUGCAGCGUUCUUCCAGUCGGUGGGGAAUUUCCUGGGGAUCUUCGCCGGCUCAUUUGCAAUGGGGUCUGCGUAUGCUGUUGUCACGGCGCUGUUGACCAAAUUUACCAAACUGUGUGAGUUCCCUAUGCUGGAAACAGGCCUGUUCUUCCUCCUGUCUUGGAGCGCCUUCCUGUCUGCCGAGGCCGCUGGCCUAACAGGGAUAGUCGCUGUUCUCUUCUGUGGAGUCACACAGGCACAUUAUACCUACAACAAUCUGUCGCUGGAUUCCAAAAUGAGGACUAAACAGUUGUUUGAAUUUAUGAACUUCUUGGCUGAGAAUGUCAUCUUCUGUUACAUGGGCCUGGCGCUGUUCACCUUCCAGAAUCACAUCUUUAAUGCUCUUUUCAUACUUGGAGCCUUUCUAGCAAUUUUUGUAGCCAGAGGAUGCAACAUAUAUCCCCUCUCCUUCCUCCUGAAUCUGGGCCGGAAACACAAGAUCCCCUGGAACUUUCAGCACAUGAUGAUGUUUUCAGGUUUGCGAGGAGCCAUAGCCUUUGCCUUAGCCAUUCGGAACACAGAAUCUCAGCCCAAGCAAAUGAUGUUUACCACCACGCUGCUGCUCGUGUUCUUCACAGUCUGGGUAUUUGGAGGAGGAACAACCCCCAUGCUGACUUGCCUUCAGAUCAGGGUUGGUGUGGACCUGGAUGAAGAUCAGAAGGAGGAGCCCUCCUCACACCAGGAAGCAAAUAGCUCUGGUAAAAGCACAACAAAAACAGAGAGUGCCUGGCUCUUCAGAAUGUGGUACAGCUUUGACCACAAAUAUCUGAAACCAAUUUUAACCCACUCUGGUCCUCCACUGACCACAACGUUACCUGAAUGGUGCGGCCCAAUUUCCAGACUGCUCACCAGUCCUCAGGCCUAUGGGGAACACCUCAAAGAGGACGAUGUGGAAUGCAUUGUAAAUCAGGACGAACUGGCCAUGAAUUACCAGGAGCAAGCCGCCUCACCCUGCAGCCCUCCUGCAAGGCCAGAUCUGGACCAGAAAGCUUCACCCCAGACUCCAAGCAAAGAAAACAUUUAUGAGGGGGACCUUGGCCUAGGAGGCUAUGAACUCAAGCUUGAGCAAACUCCGGGUCAGCCCCAGCUGAACUGAUGGGCGUGAACAGCACCGAGGUAAUCACAGGUAAUGCGGGGCUCUCUGAGGAAUAUAAGCCAAGCUGAUGAGGCCAUGUGGAGAAAAGGCUGGGAAAUGUAUGGAGAGUAUAAACUGGAGAGAUUCAAAACCUUGUCACAUGUAUCCUCUAGUGCCUGCAGAAAGGAGAAUUUAUUAUCAUCCCACUAUAUUAUGUAACUGAAUUUAAGUUUUUGACAGCGCCAUUUUUAUUAAUGAACUGGGUGGGGUGGGAAGGGUGUAGAGGGGAGAGAGGUAGGAGUCUAGCUGCUGGGAGGAUGAAACAGAUGUGCUGUGUCUGCAGGAUGUUUCUUUUCUGUGUGCAGCUCUCCGAGCCCUUCGCUCAGAUUCGGGAUUCUAUUUUCCUCAUUAAGGAGAGUUUGAAAAUAAGAAAAAGAGUCUCUGAGCUUAAAUGUGUGGCUCUUAAGCUGGAGGGAAUGCCGUUAUUCAGGAAGUGAUACGUUUUAUGUGUUUAGAACCUAGGCUCCCACUUGCUCCUAAUGAUCCAGGGCUGUUUACCCAGAUAAGUGCUGAUACCACUGUUGACAGCCUCACAGAAACCAAGGCACAUGCGGACCCCCUGUUCUCCUUGGCAUCCUUUACAAGCAGCUCCUCCCCUUGCUCAAAGGGGUUGGAGACAGCGUGGGUGCACUCUGCACUCAAUGCAGUGCCACUUGCCACCUUGGUAGGACCCCUUCCAUGGACAGCGGGGUUCUCGUCCCCAUACCGUGUUUCAGCCUUCUUGUCCUUACUUGCAUUUGAGUCACUUCCUGGCUCUGUGGCCCGCCCCUCUGUCUGCUGAGUGAUGAGGUUCCAUAGCACAGGUGCCUCUCCACACGGCUGGAGUCAGGGCAGGAACCCUGACCUGUCCUCCAGUUCCAAUUCUCACAGCUGAACAGCAGCGCAGGGGCCGGAGCAAGAGGAGCAGGGCUGAGGAUGCGCAGAGACCACACGGAGGACGCAAGGACAGAGCAUCAGGACCCUCCUUACAAGGCAUGGCUCAUGGCCCGUGGAGGAGAGACCAACACAAUAGCUUUUAAUUCAGCUGCACAACCUGUGCCUUUAAGCCAUUAAGAUACCUCAAAAGCAGCUUCUCUUGAAAUACAAAUGUUAAUAUCAGACUCCAAAAAAAGCAGGCCCCAGUCAUGGGUGCCCAGGCUCUGAUGAAUCUGUGUCUGAGGGAAGCAGGACUGGCGUCUUCUUGGGGCCCAAAGCUUGGAAGUAACAUAUGCUUUGCUGACCAGUCGCCUGGCUUGAGACACAAACCAUGGUCGUGCUGGGCACGCCAUAGGCACAGCGAUUUUCUUGCUUUCCAACAGUAGAAUCCCGGGGCACAAACUGUUUUCUACUCAGCUAAGUAUAACCUGGUCAUUCCAGGUAAAUAUGGCAAAUGGCAAA